GGAAGACCCAAACAAAGUUGUCUGCUCUUUAUGAUGGAGCUGAAACAGUGGUUGAACCUCCAACUCAAGAAAUCAUGUAUGGGAGAAUAAAGAUUCCAGGGAACCUUUUCAAAUGAUCAGGCCUGGAGACAGAACGGAGCAGCCUGCAAUUCAAAUGGGACUAGAAAAGCAUGAGAGAAACCAGUCAAAGAAUUGGGAUCAGGAAAGCUCCUCUUCCCUUGAUGCUCAGAUGCAAGACUUUCUUGCCCAACAAGGAAAAAUUAAGAAAAAACAUAUUGGGAAAAGUGUAAAACUAUUCAAAGACAAAUUAGAUGCACAUGAACCCUAUCCAUCCCAAGCCAAAGGAGAAGAUUAUAUACGUAGAGACAAUGGAAAAAAUUACAACUGGACUUUCAUUCUUUCUCAUGAAAAUGGGUCCCAUACUUCUCAUAAAAGGAUCCACACAGGAGAGAAGCCAUAUAUAUGUUUGGAAUGUGGAAAGAGCUUCAGAAGAAACAGUCAACUUAUUUCCCAUAACUGGAUCCACACAGGGGAGAAGCCAUAUAAGUGCAUGGAGUGUGGAAAGAGCUUCUGUGAAAAUGCAUCUCUUAUGAGACAUAAAAGGAUCCACACAGGAGAGAAACCAUAUAAAUGCAUGGAGUGCGGAAAGACCUUUACUCAGAGCAGCCAUCUUAUUUCCCAUAAAAGGAUCCACACAGGGGAGAAGCCAUAUAAGUGCCUAGAGUGUGGAAAAGGCUUCUAUGACAAUGCAUCCCGUAUGAGACAUAAAAGGAUUCAUACAGGGGAGAAGCCCUAUAAAUGUGUGGAGUGUGGAAAGGGUUUCAGCGAACACAGUAAUCUUAUUUCCCAUAAAAGAAUCCACACAGGGGAGAAGCCAUAUACAUGCAGAGUGUGUGGAAAAAGCUUCUGUGAAAAUGCAUCUCGUAUGAAACAUGAAAGGAUCCACAGAGAGGAGAAGCCAUAUAAAUGCAUGGAGUGUGGAAAGACCUUUAUUCAGAAUAGUCAGCUUACUUCCCAUAAAAGGAUCCACACAGGGGAGAAGCCAUAUCAAUGCAGAGAGUGUGGAAAGACAUUUACACACAGCAGUCAUCUUACUUCCCAUAAAAGGAUCCACACAGGGGAGAAGCCAUAUCAGUGUAUGGAAUGUGGAAAGACCUUUGCUCAGACCAGUACUCUUACUUUCCAUAAAAAGAUCCACACAGGAGAGAAACCACAUAAAUGUGUGGAAUGUGGAAAGAGCUUUAGAAUGAGUAGCUCUCUUACUUCCCAUAAAAGGAUCCACACAGGGGAGAAGCCAUAUAAAUGCAUGGAGUGUGGAAAGAGCUUCAGAAUAAAUAGCUCUCUUACUUACCAUAACAGGAUCCACACAGGGGAGAAUCCAUAUAAAUGUGUGGAGUGCGGAAAGGGCUUUGCUAAUAGCAGUCAUCUUACUUCCCAUAAAAGGAUCCACACAGGGGAAAAACCAUAUAAAUGCAGAGAGUGUGGAAAGACCUUUACUCAUACCAGUCAACUUAUUUCCCAUAACUGGAUCCAUACAGGGGAGAAGCCAUAUAAGUGCAUGGAAUGUGGAAAUGGCUUCAGCCACCACAGUAGUCUUACUUCCCAUAAAAGGAUCCACACAGGGGACAAACCAUAUAAAUGCCAACAUUGUGGAAAGAGCUUCACUUGUAGUAAUUCCCUUACUUAUCAUAAAAGAAUCCACACAGGGGAGAAACCAUAUAAAUGCAUGGUGUGUGGAAAGAGCUUUAACAAUAGCAGUCAUCUUUCUUCCCAUAAAAGGAUCCACACAGGGGAGAAACCUUACGAAUGUGUGGAAUGUGGAAAGAGCUUCAGGAGGAGCCAUGACCUCAUUUCCCAUACACAGAUCCAUUUGGUUGGGGAUACUCAGGAGAAUGAGAAUGAAAACGACUCCAGUGUGCUGACAUUGCAAAUGAUCAAGGAAGAAGGGAGACCUUUGGAAAUCAGUGAAAGCCCAAGUAAAAUAAUAAGAAAUUAAGAAAAGCUACUUCAGAAAACUUCUUCAGUUCCUCCGGACCAAACAGCAGAAAUGAGAAGGGGAAGUGCCUCUGGGAUGUGAAGAUACCAAAAUAAUAAUCAGACUCGCAUCCACAGGGUAGAACUGAGCCCUGAGUCGACCAGUCUGAAUGCAGAAGAAGAGAACCUUUUUUUGGUCAAAGGCCCCUCCUGAGGUGAGAGAAUCGUCACACGCACGUCAAUGUGGAGUGUGUGGAAAGAGCUUCGGGAUGAAGAAUUCCUCUCUGACCAGAGGAGCCAGAAUGAGGAGAAGUCGCCGAAAUGAGUGUGCAAAAGGCUUUUUUCAAGAAUUG